AUGUUUUCUCUUCCAAAGCUACCCACGCAACUACCAAGAUUCGGAAUACUGGGUGACGAUGCAAAACUAGCGUUUCGAACGAGCGCCGGAGGUCUUCGUCGACUCACUGAAGAGACUAUUCCACUAUCAGAUGAGAACUACUGGUUACAGUAUACGACGCUAUUCGACACUGCAGGAGAAGCAUUCACACUCAUCAAUCCGAGCGACAUAUAUCGCUCGCUCCUUCAUCGUCCUGAGAAUGUGGCCACGUUGCUCACCUAUCUCAUCACAAAGUUGUCAAGCCUGCUCGGAGAUCAUACAUUCCCUGCAUCGGCGCCAUCCAUCUCUUCAUCUCUCAAUCCAUUAAACUCGCUUCCUAUCAACCUAGGAGGAAACACGGACCGAAAUCCCACUAAGCAGGAUACUCCCGUCAUAUUUGGAUUGGAGGUACCUGGAUGGGAAGAAAGUCUCAUGUGGAAACAACGAACAGUCGUUAUUCCACCGCCAUCGGCAGGGGGAGGCUACGGACAGCGACUCGAUGAAGCUCCUCAAUUCGUGAUAGAUGAUGAAGAGGAAGAGGAGAAUCCGGUUCCACUCAGAUUGCAUCUCAACCUGCUUCGACAGCGGAACCCACGACGCAAAUCCAACCCAGCUUGGCAGAGCAGCUCAUCAAUACCCUGA